AUAUUUACCAUCAUCCCCUUAAUUGAAGAGUCCGAACCCGACGUAAUAAUUUUCCUGACAGGUGACUGUAAACCUGAUGAUCAAUGGCACUGUUGGGCCUUAAAGACGAAUUACUAGAGGAAUCAAACAGCUAUUGGAAUGUAAACAAGAUAGGAGGGUUGCCUGACUGGAUGUUCCAAGAAUGCACCAUACCAACGUGCCAAUGUUGUAACGAUCCCAUGAUUCUGAUUGUUCAGAUUUACUGUCCUUUAGAGGGGUUUCCUUACCACAGGACUUUAUAUGUCUUUACUUGCAAAAGAAAACAGUGCUGGGGCCAUGAUGAGAGCUGGUGUGUCUUGAGAUCUCAGCUGUUGGAUACAAAUUACAAAAAACUCCCUACAGCAACAAAACAAGUAAAAGAGGAAGCCAUGUUUGCUAGUGAAGAUGACUGGGGUGAAGAUGUAAAUGAUUUGAAUUAUGAUUUUAGUAUGACUAAAUCUCAAAAUGAAAUGGAAGAAAAUACUAAAUCUAUUUCCAGACAAUCAAAUUAUGUGGAUGUUUUAAAAGGUGGAACUAAUGGCAAAAAUGAUUCUAAUUCUGAGUUACCUGAGGUUGCCAUAACGGAGGGGGCACUGAGCAAUGAAUUCAAAGGGUUGACUGUUCAGGAUGAGGAAGAUAUAACAGACGAGGAGGACUAUGUCAAUGGAGAAGACAAAAUGGUCAUACCUGACGACAUAUUUCAGAAUGUGUUAGAAAUGAUUGAAAGCAAACAAAUGACAAGUAAUGACAUGGAGGGGGAGGAGAAUAAGAUUGCUACAGACAGGCUUGUGUCGUAUUAUCUAAGUGUACUCGAAGAAGCUCACUUGCAAACAAAGAAUGACAAUAAUCAUCUGAAAAAAUUACUCAGCCAAUACCAGAGAAAUGAGGGAGUGGAUCUAGAGGGAUUACUUUGUCAAGAUUUACCCUCAAGCACUUCAAGCAAUGGAAAAGCUGGAGCUGUAACUGCAGGAGAAAAGUAUGAACGAACAGAAAUUAAGCAUGGAGAUAAGAUGUUUCACAGAUUCCUGAAGCAGACUUCAGUUUGUCCUCAGCAGUGUGUUAGGUAUCAGUGGAAUGGCAGUCCUUUAUACAUGGGAGAAAUGAGUCCCUCUGAAAGAUCAAUCAUUAUUAAUCAGUCUUGUCGUAGUUGUAAUGGACCUGUUGUGUUUGAACUACAGUUGAUGCCUGCCCUUAUAAACUUCCUUCAGUUUCCAGAGACUUCAGGUCCUGCCACAGAGUUUGGGACUGUGAUUGUGUUCACAUGUAAAAACAGCUGCUGGGACGGUCAGUCUAAAACCAGACAGGAGUUUGUCCUUGUCCAGCCCGACCCUGACCAUCAUCUGUUUAAAUGACCUAGUGACCUACUUAUUUUAGCAAUACAAUGUACCACUAUCUGAUUUUACUUAUUAGUGGUAUUUAGGUUUUUUUAUUUCAAUUGUUUUAUUCAAUACCUUAAUUAGGUUUGAACAGAUUUGAUGAAUUGAUACUUGUUAAUGGUGAAGGAAUAAAUGAUUCGUCUACAUAUCAUGCUGUCUUAACCCAUGGCAGGGUUCAACAGUAUAACUUCAUCCAUUUAACAUUAUAAUUAUGAUGUCAAUGAGAAAUUAUGUCAACAGUUUAAAACUUAGGAGUUUGUGGUUUGUGAGUGAAAAACACAUAUUGAACAUAAUACUGUAUUGCAGGCUUCUUACGUGGUUAUAAAAUCUGAUCUCUCGAAGGAAUGAACAUAAUUUUGGCCAAACUA